UCAGGAUCGGGCACCGGCGCCCUAUUUGUGCUGCUGCAUACGUUGACUUUUGGGGGUCCAACGUGGGUCCUUGGUCUGUUGCUAUUGGGUUUGUGCUUGGGGAUAGUUGGAGUUUCUUCGGGUCCUAGUCACCUGAGCGAGAUGCGAUAAGUCUCAGGAUGUCAAAUCAUGGUCCCUACAUUUCCCGGGAGGACACUGCGGGGGAGAAUGACUCUAUGAUUGCACGAUCCAUGCCUCCGUGUAGAAAACGUGGUAACGCCAUCGGGUGCCCUAGCAGAUGGGGUAAGGAAUGGCGAGACCUCGCAAUGGCAGGCACGCCUGACAGUCGUCGUGCGGCAUGGCCUGAUCCGGCCAGGUCAACUUUGAGACUCGGCGACGACGCCACCACCGCCCUGCUGAACGGCAAGGCGGAUGACCUGACUGCGGCUUCGAUGAGAGCCUGCAGCACCGAGAAUCCUUCUCCUGCAUGCUUGGGCCCCGAUGCGGCAGUCGAUAACCCUCUUGUGCGGAAAUCGUGUCUGACAACACAUUCACAAAGAGCCAUGUUUGCCAAGCGGCGUGCAGAGAUCUCGAUCUUCUAGAAUCUCGCUAAAUCCUAAAAGCUAGAAUUCGCCCAAUGGAAGCCUAAAAAUGGAAGAAACAGAGUUGCGCACAUGCCUCGUAGGAUCGUUCAUCUCGGGGAAACUCCGAAACUCCACAACAAAAGAACGCUCCGACUGGCAAGUAGGAUAUCCCUCAAAAAAGAAGCAGCGUCGGAUCAAAACUGUCGGGUGAGGCUCGUGCGCCUGACCCCUGGGAAUUGCUCAGAAGCCAGGGAAGAAGAACC